AUGUAUAUGUUGCGGAUCGCAGCAUUCCGCGGCCUAAAAGCAGGACUCUUGCGUUCCAAAGCCAUGGCUGCAGUGCAAUGGGAGUUUUGCCGUGGUGUCCGGCCGACCGGAGACGGCGUCUCCCUGGUGGAGCAGGCGUGGCAACCGGUCACGAACUACGAAAUGAUCCUUGGCCUGGACAACGGGCGGGAAGAUGAUGGGUUUUGGUAUGAAGGGCAAGCGUGGCAUUGUCUCACUGCAGACAGCUUUGAGAUGCGGCUCUACCAGUCCCUCACGAACCCGGCCAACAACAUCAUCGUCCGGCCCAGGCGUCGCUACAACAUCAUCCUGGAAGUGUACGCCUCCAUCAUCCGAGGAACAACAUGGGUAAGGUUUCAGGCGAGAUACAAGGCGACAAACAAUGUGGCUGCAGACAUACGGAUCCAUGGGGUGGACGGCAUCUCCUUUUACGAGUUGCAGUGGUACCUCCGUGACAGCAUCAAGCCUCCUGAAGAUGCGGCCUUGCAGAUCAUGAGCACAGCGCACGAUGAGAGGGUUAUGUCUGUGUUUGACUGUAUGCUGUAUGUUCGAGGGUCAUCACAGCCAAAUUACAAGCCACGUUAUCGCAUCCUUGAGAAGACGGAGCCAGGAGAGUGCCGCCUCAGGGAGUUUUUCCUACCGGUCACGGACUAG